AUGUCGGACAGUCUGGACAAGAAUCCUCAAGUCAUCCUCUGUGACAUGUGUUUAGGGGAGGACAGAAAACCAGCUCGGAAGACCUGCAUGAAGUGUGAGAUUUCCAUGUGCGUGCAGCACCUCCAGGCCCACCUGACCACUCCGGUGUUACUGCAGACUCAUCCUCUGACUGCGCCUAUAGCCUCAGGGGAUGGAAGCGUAGUCGGGAGCACUAAGUGCCCCCAACACGGAAAAGUCUUGGAGUACUACUGCUUGGAUGACCUCAGCUGUGUGUGUGUUUCCUGCGCCAUAGAGGACCAGCACCGCCAACACAAUAUGAAGACUUUUUCUACAGCACACAAAGAGCUCCUGGAAAAAGUCACAGCUGAGCAGCAGGCCUUACAGGUAAAAACUGAUGGUAAAGAUGUCAUUCUGGAGAAGUGGGAGAAGAAGGAGAGGGAGAAGCUGGGUCACUCCAGUGUUCGACUCAUUGAAGCUAUUACUAAUCUGCGAGACCUUGCACUCACCAGUGUCCAGAGUUCAGUCUCUGCUUGUAUGGUGUCUAUAAAAACCAGUAAGACCAGCUUGCAAACAGCAAAGACUGAAAAGGACACCAUCAGAUUCCUGCAGAUGUAUUCUCAGGUGCAUCAGGAUUUGGAAAAGGCCAAUGCUGUGGAUUUAAGAAAAGGGUUGGAGCCUGGUGAUGAUCGUGAAAAACUGAUGGAAGAGAUAAAUGAGAGAGGUGAGAAAAUUAUGGAGCAGGCCAGUCACUUUUUGGGAUCCCUGUUGACUCAUGUUGACCCAGAGAACCACCAGGAACUUGGGUCAUUUAGUUCAGACCUGAUUUUUGAACCACAGUCUGUGGGCCAAGAUGUGACACUGUCCAAAGACCGCAGGAAGGUCUUCAAUGGUGGCCACCUGACGAAAAGCGUAUUUACCCUUAAGAGUGUGAGACCCAUCACAGAUUUAACAGUUCACAGAUGGGGAAUCAGCCUUUCGAAAGACUAUGACUGGACCAUUGGUGUAUGUGAUGAGAGCUAUGCACGGAAUUCCAACUAUGGAGAAGUCUAUGGAUUGUGUUGCGAAGGUAACCAGCUCAGCUUCCUCAUGACAGACUAUGAAGAUGAUGAUUACAAUGCAGCUCUGAGACGUACCGGUAUGAGGCAGAAAAGACAAGUUGCCAAACGACCAAAAAAGGUUUUACUACAGAUGAACUCUCCUCAAAAAGACUUUGGGACAAAACUGGCCCGGCCAGAGAAAGUGGAAGUGGAAUGGAGCCAUCCUAAUUUGUUAUCCUUUUACGACCUGACUGCACAGCACCAGAGAAAAAAAAUUGUCACAAUAAAAACCAAGUCCACUAACCGGGUACUAACUCCUUUUGUUAGCUUGUGGAUGGAGAUGUUACAAAGAAACUUGGCUGGGGUUUACCGUGGCUUAUUUGGCUCAUAUGUUCAACAACAACCACAGGAGGGGUGGAAAUGCUUGUGUGGGAGAGUGCAUCCUGGGAGAUAUAAGGAUGGCCUUAUAGAUGGUUCUUUUCAUAGAACCUGUGCUUGUGGAAAAAUAAUUGGAGUCCCACAUACCACAGAGAUACUUUGUGAACUUCUCUGA